AUGGCGAUGACACCUUACGAAGAGGCACCUGCAAAGGAGGACACCGAGAUUCUGCUGGAGCCGCAGGACCCGCAGCCUGACGCUCCGGCUGCUCGUGCCCGCUGGCUCCUGUUGGGGACGGGAGUGACGAUGGUGAUGCUGAUGCUGGCUCCGCACAACUCCGCUAUAUUUCUGGCUGGAGUAAGCUCGGAUGCCUUUGGAGCACUCCGCAGCGAACUGGAGCACCAGCAGAUCCCAACAAUUGGCAUGGCCCACUUCAGCAAGGAAGCUGGGAAGGUGCUUUGCGUCAUUGACGUGGGUCAAUCGGUUGGCCGCAUCAUGGGCUUGGGCGCCUUCGCCAAUGCAGCCUCCACUGCGUGUGACUACGGCAGGAUUGCACGCAUCAAUAAGAGGCCAGUGACUAACAGGGAGAGGCAGAUCUGCGCCAGUACCGCCUUUGGCAUCAUGCUACAGACUGAGCUGUUGAUUGGUGCUGUGGCUUCCUCGAUCUCCACGUGCUCAGGUGCCCUGAACGUGCCGGCCAACUGCGUUGCAAACGUUGCCGUCUUCAAUGGGGCGCUGUCCGUUCUGAUGCAGUCCACGCUGGCUGGUGACGCGGUUUGCAACAAGAAGGGCACCAUCGACAAGAGGGUGAACAAGCAGAUCGCAAGGUUUGAGAAGAAGAAGGACAGGGCCAAGAUCGAGGCCACCCAGUUCUUGAAGCGUCAGGGCUAUGAUGUUGCGGUGCUUCCACGACCUCCCGCCAUUUCAAACAGAGCGGUCUACAGCUCCAUCAACCGAUGCGUCUUCCAGACCAUCCUGGGAACGACUUUCGUCAUGAAGGCUGCCAUCCUUCUGGGUGAUUCCACCAUUCACUGCUACCCAGGAACCGACAAGCAGCGUGUUUGUGCUGUUGACAUCAUGGGUCUGUUCGCUGUUUUGUCCUUGGCGGUCCGAUUCCUUUCAUUCGCUGGGGACUCCUGCAUCGACAUCAUCGGCCGCACGGACGACAAUGCUCUGUGUGUGGGCCUGUGGGCUGGCGUUCCUGGUGGCGUCCUCGGUAUGGCAGCAGCUGGAACCAAUCUGGAAGCUGCUUGCAAGACAGCCUUCGGAAAGUGGGUUCCCGAAGACUGGCCCUACGAAGGAGCAAACAUGCUGCCCUCGGAUGACUUUGCCGCGCUUGCCGAGGCAUGA